GCCUGUUGACCUAUCAUAUAGGUCUUUGUGAACGCAAUCAGAUACGCACGUGCAUAUUUACUCCCGAAUAAACCGCAUAACAGGGAAACGUAACCGAAGAUGCCUCCUAAAAAGAAAAAGAGUGGUAAGAAGGGGAAGAAAAGUGCAAAGAAAUCUGGAAGGGGAUCGCCAUCAAAAACAUCCAGUGAACAACUCAAUGAAUUGUCGAAAGAAUACUACCUCAUCCAGAUCAGGGAUCUGGAAAACAGGCUUGCCAGGUACCAGAAAAAAUGUGAUGAGCUGGAAGUCAGCCAGGGGGCAUUCAAGGAUCAGUUUGAUCAGAUGGCCAGGGACAAGAAUGACAUUGUAUCAUUCUGGAAAAGACAAGUUGAUCUGAAAACUGAUGAGAAUGCCGACCUGCAGGAACAGUUGAUUGGUCUUCAGCAGACAAGGGAACAAGAAAAGGAACAGGCCAAUGCUACAAUCCAGCAACUCCGACAGGAGUUCCAGGAAACUAAGGACCAGCUCACCUCAGACAACAUGAUCCUUGGUGGUAAACUGGCCUCACUGGAAGAGUUCAAGGUACAGAAGGAGGACCUGAUGGCUAAGUUUGCUGCCAUGGAAGAGGACCUCAAACAGAAGGAUGAGGACCACAAAAAGAUGAUCUAUGACCUGGAGAAGAAAGCUGUCAUAGACAAGGACAGACUUAAGAAGGAGAUGGUUUCUCGAGUCAACACAGUAGCAGCAGAGUUCCGUAAAGUCUCCAAUAAACAGAUGGCAGAGACAACCAAACGCACAAUAAGAGAAAAUGUGUCUAUCAUGGCACAACUUGUGCAGAAGUCUGACAAAACCAUGGAGCUGAUCCAGGAAAACGAUGACCUUCGGGCCAAGGAGAAGAAGCAGAAACAACACAUAGAAAUGUUAGAAGUGACAGAAAAGGAGUUGGCAAAGAAAAACCACAGCAACCAAAAGGUGAUACGGAUGCUGACAGAGAAGUGCCGUGCCCAGGAGGCAAUGGUAGGAGAGUUAGAAAUGAGGGAACAGGAGUACCAGGAGGUGGAGGCUGAACAUGAACUGCUGCAGCAACAGCUCCAGUCACAGAGAGAAGACAUACAAAAAUUGGCAAAGGAAAAUGAGACCUAUGAUGAUGACCUAAAGGAAAUGAAGGAAAAACAUAGAGUAGAAAAACGAAACCGAGAAAAACUUGACAAAGUCUUAUUUGAUGCUGCCAGUGCUCUUCGUCUAGCUCUUGGGAAAUACGAGGAUGAAGAGGAACUACCAGAGUAUGGGGCAGGACUCAAUGACAUCGAGAGAAGAGACAACAUGUUGGAGAAUCUUCUAGUCCUGCUCAAUAGUGCUGCAGCAGUAGGGGUGGGUCCCGAGCCUGGAGCACUUGGCAAACAUCAGAAAGUACGACAACGCAGCGCCAGCGAAAUGCCUGGUAGCAAACAGGGUAUCAAACGAGGGAUGUUGCCAAUGUCCCCAAUAGCUAAAAGCUCCCAAGGAACAUUACCACAUUACCAGCUCGGUGAUCUUGGCCUGAUACCUCGACCAAAAAAUGCCAUCCCCACAAGUCUUGAUAAGAUGCGCGUCCUGUCUGCCACAACAAGAUUAGGAGGACUACGUAAGGUGCUUACCCGGUCUGUGGGAAUACAGACAGUCAGUGCUCCAAAGGCUCUUUUCUAUGCUGACCAGCUCCUUAGUAGAGCUCCAGCACAUACUCAGAAUGCCGUUCUACACGAAAAGUCACGUCAAGAUCUCCGUUCUCCUGGAAUUCCUCUUGGCCCCAUCAGUCCUGCUAAAACUAUGAUGGUGGGCAAGGUGCACUGAGCACUAUUGUCUCCUCACAUCCUUUUCUUAUCACAACUGGCAUGCUAGUCAAAGCCUGGCUUCCUAAAGAAAUCUUAUGGGACUAGCGGAAUAUCUAUACAUUUCGGAAUAUCAGUAAAAAAAAUCCCUCUUUCCGUUAACAGUACAGGGUUUGUGAUAAUAAGGUACAAUACAUAUAAAACAUAGUGUCUGGUAACAGACAGACCCGUAUGGAUGGAACGCAUGUAAAUGUUUCAUGAUCAUCAAUAUCCAUGUAUCUACGUGUUAUGGGUCAAAUAAAAAAAUUACACUAGCACACCAGCAAACCUAUAGCCUGUAUAAGUCUAGUUUUGCAGUAUUAUAUUGAGUAGAGGUGCAAACCCAUGCAGUCGUGUUUAAAAAAUGUCUCCGAAAGUUGACGUUUUUUGUUGUUGUUAUGAAGUGUAAAUUCUUUAGAGAAAAACCGGUGUGACAGACAAGGAUUGUACCAGACCUUGACCCUACACUUGUCCUGGCAUCCACAGUCACGCUACAAUUAACCUGUGGUUUUAUUUUCAUUUUUAUCAGAAUCAACAUUUCUUUGAUUUUGAAUCAAUAUCAACUGUUUUUAAACCUGAACUGCUAUAUAUUUUUAUCCAAUGAUAGUGGUGUUCAACUGUCUGUUCAAGUGUCACAAGAUAUUCACAUUCCUUUAAUAAUUUAAUAUUUUUAAAAAAUGUCUUUCAUGUUGUCAGUUGUCACUAUACCAUUUACAUUAAGUUACAGUUCUUUCCCACACCAGCGAUCAGUAAGGUAUACCUGCAUUCCCUACAGAUGUAUACAUAUAUACAGAAGGUAUCUAGUUUUAAUGGCUAUUGAAAACUAAUUUUUAUUGCGAUAAUUAUGGCUCAUCACUUA